AUCUUUUAUUAAACAGUGCAGUUUAAUGUUACAUGGGAAACAGUAAGGGAGGCGUUUCAAUGAUUAAGAUGAAGUUGCUUUAAAUGUAGGAGAACAUUGUGAACGGUCAAGGAAUGCUUUUGCAUAUUUGUCCACCUGUAGCACAGUUUAAGAUACGUCCACUCGAUUCAGAGGAGCCGAACAAAUGCAGCGAUUUUGUCAAUCUGAGAAACUUGUUUGGAACUCGGACUCGUUUUAAGGAGGAAGGGGACUCAAGGGUCGAGACUUGGUUUGAAGAGACGGAAAACCCGCGAGACGCGCGCGCUUCCUCGGACCGCGGUGAUGCUUUGCUCCAUGCGCUCCCCGCCUUGUGCGUAAGCUGCUGUGGAGGAUUACACACAUUAUGAGCCGCCAUGGCAUGGUGUGACCGAGGGGUUCAGACUCUGCUAGCCGUCGUGGGGGCCUUCGCCGCCUUCAGUCUCAUGACCAUCGCCAUCGGCACCGACUACUGGCUUUACUCCCGGGCGUACAUAUGCAACGCCACGAAUGUCACCGCGGACGACAACCAGGUGCAAACCAAGAAAGUGAAAGGCGACCUGACGCACUCCGGGCUGUGGAGGAUCUGCUGCAUCGAAGGUAUCAACAAAGGGAGUUGUUUUCGAAUCAAUCACUUUCCGGAUGAUAACGACUACGACACCGACAGCUCCGAGUACAUCUUACGUAUAGCCCGUGCGUCGAGCCUUUUCCCCAUCCUCAGCACCGUCCUGCUGAUGUUGGGUGGCCUGUGUGUCGGAGUGGGACGGAUCUACAGCAGCAGGAACAACAUCCUGCUCAGUGCUGGCAUCCUGUUUGUGUUUGCAGGCCUGAGCAACAUCAUCGGCAUCAUCGUAUACAUCUCCAGCAACGCAGGAGAUCCAAGCGACAAGAAAGACGAGGACAAGAAGAGCCAGUACAACUACGGCUGGUCCUUCUACUUCGGCGCCCUCUCCUUCAUUGUUGCCGAAUCAGUGGGCGUUCUCGCGGUCAACAUAUACAUCGAGAAAAACAAAGAGAAAUGCUUCCGAGCCCGACGUGACUUCAUCAAAACCACCUCCUCUUCUUCACCAUACUCUCGCAUCCCGAGUUACCGCUACCGACGGAGGCGCUCACGAUCCAGUUCGAGUGACCCGUCCCGCGAUCCUUCCCCGGUGGGGAUGAAGAUCGGAGGAAGUGGCGGAGGAGGAGGAGGGUUUGGGAUGGGUUUACCGAUGGGGGAUAUAUCCCUGUACGCCCUCAGUAGGGACCCUCUGAAGGGUGCAAGUGGGACAACAGGACCCUACAGUCCAGAGAGAGACUCUGGGUUUUUACAAGUCCACAACUGCUUCCAGAAAGAUCUCAAAGACGGUGUGAACAGGAGGACCACUCCGGUAUGAGGUUGGGAGGUUUUAUUGCUGUGUGGAACAAUCAGCUUUGUGGAACUCAUUACAUAUCGUAGAGUUGAUGAGAAAGGACAAUUCCUCCCCUGAGCUGUUCAGGAAGCGGAGACGCUGUAAAGGUCAGGGCUCAAAAUUGUUUUUGUAACGUCCCUGUGUGUCAGAACAUUGCCAAUCUGUGCUUCAAUUCAAGGAGGGUGAAGAGGGAAAACACUUUGUAGCAAUAUUUGAAGAGUACUCUUAGAUUUAAUACUCACUGGCUUAAAUUUAUUCUAAAAAUAAUGGACUUACUCUGGUAUUCUUUGAU